GUGGGUGCCUGGUGUAUUUUUGUGGCUUCCACCGUCAACUCCUGAGAAAGGGAGAAGAAGAGAGAAGCAGAAAGAGUAGGUGAUGGAGGGAGGUUGAAUGACUGUGUAUCAAGAGAGAGGGGAUGCUAAGGUAGACUGCUACUUCAAGAGCUCUGGCAUUCUGUCCAAAAGCCCUUGAGUGCAGAAAUUGUCUCCUAAGGCAUUCUCACAAGAGCAGCUUCGACAAAAAGGGGGGCUGAAACCAAUUUCAAGAGUAAAUAAGCACGGAGCGUGGUUGCGGCAUGUUUCCUGUAUCGAGUCAUCUACAGCACUGACUGGAUCAGAAAUAGGAAACAAUCUGUUCUAUGUAUGCUCCUGUUAAUGCACCAAUAGAACUUUUUUUUUUCUGUGUGUAAUGUCAUAAAAAGAGCUUUCCCUGGAGCAUCGUAUCAGCCACAGAAGAAAGAAAAGAGAGAAGACACAGAAAAAGGAAAAGGCACUAACUGAAUCUGGAGAAGGGAAAGAAAUAAUUCUACAACAACCUCACAUAGGAGCUUGCUUUUUAACCUGUUUGCAGGACAGUGCUCAAUUCUUUUUUUUUUCUUUUGCCAUCCGUGUCCAGUGAUGGGCUGGUUGCUGAGUCUGGGCUACCUGGCUGUAGUGGUGGCUGUAGCAACUGGCACAGAGAGGAGGCAGCACCAGGUGCAGCAUGGCCCCUGUCGCUACACAUUCAUCCUGCCAGAGGUGGAGCAGUGCCCAUCACCUCGAAACUUCCGGGUGAGCAAUUCCCUGCAGAGAGAUUCACCCUUACCCCCUGAUGCAGCUCAGACUGAGAAAAAGCUUGAAAGCCUGGAGAGUGCCACUGAGAACAACACUCUGUGGCUGCAGAAGCUGGAGAGUUACAUCCAGGGCAACAUGCGUUCGGAGAUGGUGGAGAUGCAAAGGAAUGUUCUUAACACACAGACAGCCACCAUGCUGGAGAUAGGAACCAAUCUCCUUAGCCAGUCAGCGGAACAUACACGGAAACUUACAAAUGUGGAGACUCAGGUGCUGAACCAAACAAGUCGACUAGAGAUACAGCUGUUGGAGUACUCUCUCUCCACCAAGCAACUGGAGAAGCAACUCCUGCAGCAGACCCAGGAAAUGUCUCGCCUAAAUGACAAAAACAGCUACCUGGAGCAGCGCUUUACAGCACUGGAGGACAGACACAGCCAGGAGCUGCAGGCUAUCCAGCAGGAAAAGCAGCAGCUGCAGGAUCUUGUGGACAGGCAGAGUCGCCUGGUCGUUGUGCUUGAGAGACAGCUGGCCAGCUCUGCCCGCAAUAGCACACUGCUCCAGCACCAGCAAGCUACUCUCUCAGAGACACUGCAGCAGCUACUGGCCAUGAUCGCCCAGUGCAACGAUAUUACCAGUCUGUCCAAGGCAAAGACAGUGAUUUUCAGAGAUUGUGCCGACAUAUACAAGUGUGGAAUUACAGAGAAUGGAAUAUACAACAUUCAACUCGCCAACAGCACACAGACGGUUAAGGUGUUCUGUGACAUGAAGACUAGAGGAGGAGGUUGGACUGUUCUUCAGCAUCGCUUUAACGGUUCAGUGGAUUUCCACCGUAAGUGGAAAGAUUAUAAAAUGGGAUUUGGAGAACCCUCAGGAGAACAUUGGUUAGGAAAUGAUGUCAUCCACCUGCUCACCACGUCCCGAGACUACAUUCUGCAAGUCCAGCUCAAAGACCUUGAGGGAAACCAGGCCUACUCUCAGUAUGAGCAUUUCUACAUCGAUGACGAAGAAAAGAAAUAUAGCAUCCAUGCUGAAGGUUUCAGUGGUACAGCAGGUCGCACCAGCAGCCUUACCCACUCAGGCACCAUGUUUAGCACAAAGGAUCAGGAUAAUGACCGCUGCACCUGCAAGUGUGCUCAGAUGGCCUCAGGAGGAUGGUGGUUUGAAGCCUGUGGUCCAUCCAACUUAAAUGGCAUCUACCACACUGGAAUCUCCAGUGUGAUGCGUUACAAUGGGAUCAAGUGGUACUACUGGAAAGGGCCAAACUCAAUAGUAACCAGAACCACUAUGAUGGUGCGUCCUGUGGAUUUUUAAAAAUAAAUGCCAUGGAGACAUUCGCCUCUACAGACAGCAAACGUCUCAAGUUUAAUUAACGUCUGUGAUUGAUGCUCAUGUGUGCAGCUGCACUUAUAUAAACACUAGGUGUUAAUUCAACAUUGGGGAAUUUGUGACAUAGACCACGAAAGAGUGCCAGAGGGCUGUUGACACAGCUGAGACUCACUGACAUUUUAUGCAUUUUUGGAAUUUGUGGAACACUAUAUGAUUCAAUCUGUCUUGUUUGUUCUGCUCUCGCAAAAAAGGACCCAGCUGCUUCAUCAGUACAUUAUUUCCCUGUAUACAAAAGCUCAUGCAGUGCUGAAUGCAAAGGACUGGAAUUUCACAUCAGUGUUUGCUUAUAUACUUGGCAAGUGAACUGAGAACUUUAUAAAUGUGAACUAUUCCUCCUCCCUCUUCUGAAAACACCCCCUGUCCACUGCACUGCUCUAUUUCCCCCCCUCUAUGAAAUGCUUAUAAAAUUUAUGAGUGAAUACUCCCAUAAAAACUGCAUGAGAUAUUAAA